CCGUGCACGCGCACUGGCCGCGGGGACGAGCCGAUCGCCAAAGCCUGUUUUUUUGCGAGGCAGCGGGGACGAGCGCGUCGCUCCUCAGUAACGUAGAUCCGAAAAGUGGGAAGAGGAGGGUGAAUGGGGCGGAGCGCUGGGACGCAUCACGUAGGUGACGUGAGCGGGUGCGCUGUUUGUUUGUGUAGCUUCACGGUGGAAAAUGGCGGUGCACGGAGAGAGGGAGAGCGCGAGCAGCGCGAGGACUAACGUCAAAUAGCAUCGAGAUAGCAGAACGCGCGCACAUUAAAACCUCCUCGUCCACGCGAAGACGCUGAGACAGGAGGGACGCAGAGGGAGCAAUACAGAGAAAGCGUGGAGGGGGGAAAGACAGAUAAGGUUUCACGCGCAGGAUUUAGCUCCACUUCCGGCUUCGCUCCUGCAGGACGCGGAGUGGAAACCGAAUGAUAGAUAGAGAGAGAGAGAGAGGCGCGCGAGCUGCGUCCCGGUUUCUUCGAGUUAGCUCACUCGGCUAACUCCGCUAGCUCGUGCUAGCCUCCGACUGGCGCACGCGCAAGCUCGUUGGGCGCGCGCAGGGGAGAGGGACGCGGCGCGUGCGGAGCAAACAAAACUUUCCGCCGUGUUGUUGUUGUUGUUUGCUUGGGUUUUUUGGGGGGGCUGAACCGUAAGCGUCGGAUUUGCACGGUGCGUGCAUUUUUAAUAAACUCGGACCGGAGACCGUGAAAGUCAUCCGACUUCUCCCGGAGAGAGAGAGAGAGAGACGCGGCCUGUCAAAAAAAAAGACGAAUGCAGGACUGAUCUCUCCAUAUGAGCAAGGUUGCGUUCAGUGUGCCAUUGUUUUCUGCCAGUGCCAGUAGGAUGGUGCUGCAUGACAGCGAGGGCAAGGCACAGUAGCCCCCUCUGCUUCACGCCUCUGUUCGUCCGUUACCAUCACACCAGGCCAGUGCUGUGGACCACAGAGAGCACACUUUCCCUCCAUGAACAACUUUGCAUGAGUUAAAAAUGAGUGCCUCAGGAGAGAGCGCCCUCGACCUCAUCGCCCCGGAGUCACGCAAAAGGAAAGGCUCUCCUUGUGACACCUCUGGUCCCAGCGGAGAGAAGUGGCGCAGGGAGCUGGAGAGCCGCUACAUCGACGAGCUGGCCGAGCUCCUGUCAGCCAACAUAGGAGACCUCGCCAGCCUCAGCGUGAAGCCAGACAAAUGCCACAUCCUCAGGAGCAUGGUGGACCAGAUCCAGAAGAUCAAGCGGCGCGAGCAGGAAAAGGUAGCUCUGAUGUCACCGGAUAACGAGGUGCAGAAGAGCGACGUGUCCUCCAGCAGUCAGGGCAUGGUGGAGAAGGAGGCUCUCGGUCCUCUUCUCCUAGAGGCCCUGAACGGCUUCUUCUUCGUGGUGAACCGUGAGGGUCGGAUCGUUUUCGUGUCGGAGAACGUGACUAACUACCUCGGCUACACCCAGGAAGAGCUGAUGACCUCUAGCGUGUACAGCAUCCUGCACGUGGGUGACCACAACGAGUUUGUGCGCAACCUUCUCCCCAAGAGUCUCGUCAAUGGGGUGCCAUGGCCGCAGGAGCAGGGUCAGAGGAACAGCCACACCUUUAACUGCAGGCUGCUGAAGCGUCCUCCAGACGAGGCGGAUGCAGAAAACCAGGAGGCUCGGCAGCAGUAUGAACACAUGCAGUGUUUCACUGUGUCUCAACCCAGAGCAGUGCAGGAAGACGGAGAAGACUUGCAGAGCUGCCUGAUAUGUAUUGCAUGCCGUGCCCCCCGUGUUCCACCGAUUCCCGUCAGUAUGGAGUCCUUCGUCACGAAGCAGGACCCCACAGGGAAGAUCAUCUCCAUUGAGACGAGUGCUCUGAGAGCCACAGGACGGCCAGGCUGGGAGGACCUGGUCAGGAAGUGCAUCUAUGCAUUCUUCCAGCCACAGGGCAAAGAACCCUCCCAUGCAAAGAAGCUGCUACAAGAGGUGAUGACCCAUGGUAUGGCCGUCAGCCCUCUGUACCGUUUUACGCUUAGUGAUGGGACAUCACUCAGCGCACAGACUCGCUGCAAGUUCUGCUGCCCUGCCAACCCCGACGUACAGCCCUUCAUCAUGGGCAUCCACUCUAUCGACAGGGAAAACAACACUGCUAGCUCUCAGGAAAACACUACCCAUAGCCUCUUGUCCAUGGCGGCUGUCCCGGCUUGCUCUCCUGCCAUGCAGCCCUCUGGCGAAGUUGGUCUGCAACACAACAAUGCCAACGGGGGCACAUCUGCUCCUGGCACCACCAUGCCCAGCCGCGUUGCACCUCCUCAGCAGGGCAGUAGCCUGUCGCCAUUGGGCAGCCCGCUCACAGCCACCCCUACCUCGUUCAUGUCUCCCCGGCCUCUCCGAGCCAGCCCAGGCCUGGCAAGCAGCCCCCGAGUCUCAGGCCACCCUUUCUCACCCCCAACACCUGGUAUUCACUCUCCUGUUGGCACACUAACACGCCAGCAUUCGGGUGGCGAUGGGAUUCCUUUCUCUCUCCCUUCCCCACUGGCCAGACAGACUUCGACGCCCAGCAGCUCACCCGUACGUCCGCCUCCAGCAAAGCCGCCCGAGUCGGGCCACAACGACGAACCCAGAAGCGCUAACCUUAAACUCAGCCAGCUCUUGGACGGCACGACAGACCACGAGGCCUCACCCGUUUCUCAGAAUCGCUCUGCUCCCACUGGUCAAUGCCCAGCGUCCCAUAGCACACUGACAGAGCGCCAUAAGAUCCUGCACCGCUUGCUUCAAGACAGCAGCCCUGCCGACGGAACCAACGAGCCCGAGAUCAAGAAGGAGCUGCAAGCAAGCAGCCCGAGAUCCGGACUGGUGCUGCCCCCUGGCAUAGCAAACGCCAAGCAGCAGCAGGACCACCAGCUUCUGCGCUUCCUGCUCGAUACAGACGAGAAGGACCUGGUGGACCUGCCUCCACCUGCAGUGCUAAGCCUGGACACUGUGCGAGUCAAAGCUGAGAAGAAACAAGGUGACGAGAGUGGGCAAUGUGGCGCUACGACACCUCCAGCUCCGGCAGUCACGUGCUCAUCCAAAUCCAGUGAUAAGCCCAGUCCGUUUUCUGGUACAGAUAUACAUACGUUGAACCAAGUAAUGCCCACCCAUAGGCCUGCGGGGGAAAAGUCAGUGGAUGAGUCAGGGCAACUCCAGCAAAGUGGCGAUGGCGUUCCUAUUGGAGUGAGCGUGAAACACGAACUACCUGGAACUCCUGAACGUGUGUUCCCAGACGCCUCAAGUCUUCAAAGUCAGGCUCUAUUUGACUUCUGCGGCCCCUCCACACCCACCCAGGGUCUGGGGCAGGUCCUAGGGCAGGCUGACCCCUUUCAGCUUCCCAAGGAGAGCAGCAGCCCUUUCAGUGACCCCUCCAGCAUCACCAUGUUCAACACCAACCAAGGCCUGGGUAAAUUGGAUGUCCUUGAAUCACAGCAGUUCCAGUCCAUGUCAAUGGCUGAAUCCAUGGCAUUUGAUGGAACUUUGGGGAGUCAUGCACAUGCCCCUCUGUCUUCACCUCAAGAGCAAUGUGUUCCGUGUCCCCUGGAUGAGAUGCUCGUUCCUCCCACCACUCCGGAAGCUCAUAACGAUGAGAAGGCCCUGCUCGAGCAGCUCUUGUCUUUCCUGAGUGGAACAGAUGAAAGUGAGCUGGCUGAGCUGGAUCGAGCACUUGGCAUCGACAAAAUUGUCCAGAGUGGCUGUCUGGAUCAAAUCACGCAGCGUUUCAACCAGGCUCAGCCCACCACCCCUGUUCCUAGCUACCCACCCCAGUUCCCCACCUCUCCUUCGCAGUUUCCGGCUGAGAUGAGCACGGCGCAAGGUAUGAGCUUUAGGGCACCACGUUUACCCUUCCCGGGUAACAUGGGCAUGAACCCGAUGCGGCCCGGAAUGACUCGGGCCCCGGGGAUGCCUCUUCAGAUGCGCCUGCCGCCGAACCAGUUGAGGCUUCAGCUUCAGCAGCGUGUACAAGGCCCGCAGCAGCUUCAGAACAGAUUGACAGCCAUAAGCCAGUUCCAACAGCCGGUACCUGUCACAAUGGGGGUAAGGCAAGGCAUGCAGCAGCCUCAGAUGCCUACACAGCCUCCACUCAAUGCUCAGAUGCUUGCCCAGAGGCAGAGGGAGCUCUAUAGCCUCCAUCAUCGCCAGAGGCAAAUGCUGCAGCAGAAGGUCAUGAUGAUGAGGCAGGGAAUUAACCCAGGGCCCCUAGGAGCCCAGCGUGUCCCUAAAGGCCCUCCGCAGCCACAGGCGCAGCAGCAGCAGUUUGGCUAUCCUCCAGGAUAUAACACUGUCCCUGGAAGCACCCCUACCUCUCCCAGCCACUUUAAGCCCAUGGGGGCACCACUGGACCCCAAGCUAUCUGCCAGGAUGCCCAUAGCAAACCAAGGAAUGAUCGGAAGCAUGCAGGGGCAGUUCGGUGGGCCAGUGAAUCCUUCUGUUCAGCAGGGGCUCUUCCAGCAGUUCGGGAGUGCAGGUAUGGUCCAGCAAGGAGAUCCAUCAUUCCCACCUGAACUCGGUCCCACCAGCCCCUUACUGUCACCACAGAACCCCACCUCCCCAAGUCCUCUGCUUCAGCAGACGCAGCCCCCACUUGGUUAUCAGUCCCCCGAAAUGAAGAACUGGCAAGGUGGUGUGACUAACAGUCUGUAUAAUCAAACUGGCCAAGCUAGCUCGCAGAGUUUCGGCCAGCAGGGUGUCUACAACAACAUGAGCAUCACAGUCUCCAUGGCUGGGGGCUCGGGAGCUGCGGGUUCACUACCUCCGAUUGGACCACCAGUUGGCAUUGGCAACAACAGCCUUGGCAACCUCAGCUCUAUGUGCAAUGAUCAGGUACAGCAGGUUCAAGUGUUUGCCGACGUCCAGUGCACGGUAAACCUUGUGGGAAGCGACUCCUACCUGAACCAGCCAGGGCAAGUGGGGCACCAGAAGCCCCAGAGCAGCACCAGCACUUCCCAGUCACAGCAGAAGAGCCUCUUACAGCAGCUCCUCACCGAGUGACCCUACCACGUGUACCUCACCCCCCCAACCCCCGUCUAGACGUCCCCAAGAACGUCUGAGUUUCUGUUAGUCACCUUUGGGUUUGUGUACAAGGGAUUAUCUGCUGCGCUGGGUUCAGAAUCCAUAGGUCCUUGCUGCUGGCAUUUUUUCGCAGCCUGUUAGAAAGCUUAAAGCAGUGCUCAUUCCUGGUCACCUACUUUAAAAAAAAAAAAUAAAUAAAAUAAUUUUCCAGACA